UAUUGCCAUUGCAUUUUGGAUCAUCUGGUUGACUCUCAGGAAACCAUAUGACCUAACGAACCGCCCCUUCAACACACUAAAUGGGGUCCCGCACUUUGUCUCUGUACGCUGAACGACAUCAGGUGUAACUGUAACAGAUAAUUGAGAUAUGAGCGAAUAUUCGUUUUUGACAAGAAAUAGAGGCUAGAUUACAAGCCAGUUUAACAAAGGGAAAAUACUACCUCAUUGGCGUACUACAAGGGGCCUUUGUCAUGGGGGCAUCCAAGAGCAAGCCCAGAGACCCAGGCCCACGCUCACCCAGUCUGGAUGGCACCGCGGGCACAGCCAACAGUGCAAUAGGCAGCAGUGGAGGGCAGCAUCACAUUUCUGACCAACAGACCCUGACACCCAGCCGUAGCAACACCUCAGACAGUACCCGACGGCCAAUGGUCAACAACCCAGAGCUCCUGCUGUUUGGAGGAGUCAGUUCCCCCACCAACAGCUUAACCUCACCGCAGAGAGGCACACUGUCAGGAGGUGUCACGACAUUUGUUGCAUUGUAUGACUAUGAGUCUCGUACUGCCUCCGAUCUGUCAUUCAGGAAGGGAGAACGGCUUCAAAUCAUCAACAACACGGAAGGAGACUGGUGGCUGGCACGCUCGCUGACAACAGGAGAAAGCGGUUACAUCCCCAGCAACUAUGUCGCUCCCUCAGAUUCCAUACAGGCUGAAGAGUGGUACUUUGGCAAGAUAAGCCGCAGGGACUCAGAAAGACUUCUGCUGAACCUGGAGAAUAGACGAGGGACUUUCCUCGUCAGGGAGAGUGAAACCACCAAAGGUGCCUAUUGUCUUUCUGUCCUGGACUAUGACAACAUCAAAGGACUGAAUGUCAAACACUACAAGAUCCGUAAACUGGACAGUGGUGGUUUCUACAUUACAUCACGCACACAGUUUGGCAACUUACAGCAACUGGUUAACCAUUAUCGCAAGCAUGCAGACGGGCUGUGUCACUGUCUUACGGAUGUGUGCCCUGUGAUGAAGCCUCAAACACAGGGCCUGGCGCGAGAUGCUUGGGAAAUCCCACGCGAGUCGCUCCGCUUGGAUGUCAAACUGGGCCAAGGCUGCUUUGGAGAAGUCUGGAUGGGCACGUGGAAUGGGACGACACGCGUGGCCAUUAAGACGCUAAAGCCGGGCACCAUGUCUCCAGAGGCCUUCCUGCAGGAGGCCCAGGUGAUGAAGAAACUGCGCCAUGAGAAACUGGUGCAACUCUACGCUGUGGUCUCAGAAGAACCUAUCUACAUAGUCACUGAGUACAUGAACAAAGGAAGCCUGCUGGACUUUCUCAAAGGUGACAUGGGUAAAAUGCUACGGCUGCCCCAACUUGUAGACAUGGCUUCACAGAUCGCCUCAGGCAUGGCCUACGUGGAGAGGAUGAACUAUGUCCACCGAGACCUCAGGGCCGCUAACAUCCUGGUGGGAGACAACCUGGUGUGCAAAGUGGCUGAUUUUGGCUUGGCCCGUCUCAUUGAGGAUAAUGAGUACACAGCCAGACAGGGAGCGAAGUUUCCCAUUAAAUGGACGGCACCAGAGGCUGCUCUUUACGGACGCUUCACUAUCAAAUCAGACGUCUGGUCGUUCGGUGUUUUACUGACUGAGCUUGCCACAAAAGGCAGGGUGCCAUACCCAGGGAUGGUGAACAGGGAGGUGUUGGACCAGGUGGAGCGUGGGUAUCGGAUGCCAUGCCCGGCUGAGUGCCCAGAGUCCCUGCAUGAGCUCAUGUUAAUGUGCUGGAGGAAGGACGCUGAGGAGCGGCCCACCUUUGAGUACCUGCAGGGCUUCCUGGAGGACUACUUCACCUCCACAGAACCACAGUACCAGCCAGGGGAGAACCUCUAAAGACCCCCCUCACCACCAAAGGAGCUCUCAGGGCAGGGUAAGAGGGUUUGGAAGAAGCCAGAACAUGAUACACUACAAUACUGUGUUCCCCAAAAUAGUGAAUGGAAAGUUGAUGUCUGCAGAGAAGAGAGUUGUGGGCGUUAAAAAUGUUGGGAUGUUGACUAACAAUCUGAGUGGGACCACUGGACAAUGGACAGUUCAUCUGCUCUGUACUUAGUUUAAAUUAAGUUAUUACUAUUAUUAUCAUUGGUUACUCUUUUACUGCUAAUCUUUUAUAGUAACCAGCUCUGUAAUGAAUCCUUAGGUCUAUGAUCUUUUUUGUUGCUUGACUGUAAUGGAUUUGGUAGUGAUGCUGAGCCUUUAGCUGAAUGCACAACAGAGACAAAUUGAAAAUGCAGCUACUAUAAUCCUUUUUUUUUUUUUAGCAAAGUUGCUACAAUAUAACUCCACAGUAGUGUAUUAUGAGUACUGCUGUUUUGAUUAUUUUUCAUCUAUUUAAUGUUUUUGGUACUGCUUAUAUUCAGGUCACUCACCACUGAUGCUCAGCUAAUCCCAUUGUGUUAUCACCCCAGAUUUUGUAAAGCCCCUGUGGCAGAUGCUCCAGAUCUGCCAAUCAUUUCUCCUCUCCUCCAUCAAACUCCACCCCCCUCCUCCUGUCUGCAUCCUCACCACACCAGACAUGUGCCACAGCACUGGGGUUCGCAGGCUAUGGCCCGGCUGUCCUCAUUAACCAAACUUGGCUGUGUGUGACACACACUGUGGUGUCAGCAGACGCAGUACUGAUGAGUGAGACUUAUAUGGUGUCAGUGGACAGUAAUUGGGAGCUCCUGCUGAUGCUGUAAGGCCCUGACCCAUCUGAGGAGACGCAGUUACAGCUGGGCUCAUGUGGACUCAAACCCUGUUGUCCUGCUCUAAUCAGUUGGCUAUUUUAAGAACUCUUUCACUUACAGCUUGCAUCUACAGGCUCGUUAGAGUCUCUUCUUCAUUUCUUUAUUUCUUUUGGAAUGCAAUGCUUUUUUUCCUGGAACAGCUGGAGACUGUGCUUGAAGGAAAAGUGUGAUGCCUAAUGUGAUUUGCUGUGAUUUUACUCACCAUCCAGCCGUAAUGCAAACAGCUGAAAAACAUCAAACAACAAAGGUUUAAACAGACACUGGUCUCCUCCAUGAGCAAUGACAUCCAGCCAAUGAAACAAACUCCCUGGUCAUACCAAUGAAGAGACAAGUGUCUGAUCAGUUUAAUAUGCCAACUUCACUUUCAUACUUUUUUCUAAUCAGACGCAAUGACAACUACUGAUAAUGAAGUCUCCUGCUGCGAAAGGCAGGAGCUUUGGAUUUAGUGCUGCAGUGAUUUAUACCACUGAGAUAAGAAUUUAACUAUUUUCUCUUGUAUAAAAUGUAUUUUUAUGAAUUUGCUCUUUUUUCAUACAGUACAUUUGCGGAUGAGCAUUGAAAUUAAUCUUGAAUUUUAGUUUUUGAAUAAUGGUUAUGCAAUGCUAAUCGAUGGACCUGUAAAAUACGAGUCAAAGAGCUUGAAUUUUAGUACACAUUUUGAAGAGGUGAUUUUUUAAGAAUAUAACAAUGUUUAGAAUACAAACUAAUCAGGUUCUCAAUGUGGUCCAAUAUUCUGAAUCAUGAUUUUUGGUUCUGUAAUGAGUUAUGCAAAUUAUCCAUCACAGGAGACACGCUCUCUCAACUUGACAUACUUACCUAAAAAAUUACUGACCAGACUAGUGUAUGACUAGUGAUAACGAACAUCAUCCACUGUAACAUGGCAACAUGCCUCAUGUCUAAUGCCUGUCAUAGAACCAACGGCAAAGUUCAGUGAGAGUUUACUUUAUACUGCGUUCAGUCCUAGUCUGUGAUCCUGGUCUAUCACAGUGAGUUUCUUAGAACACAUCAUUCCAUAUGUCAGCAAAGUUGUCUGAUUUUAGGUCAAUACAUCUGUAUUUUAAAGAGAGUUAGUGAAAGAAUGUUUCAAGUCAUUUGAAUGACUUUUUUACAAAAAAAAAAAAAACCUCAUUCAAUAUUAUGUGAAUUUACACAGUGACAUAACACUUUGACACCAACACUUUGCCAAAUAUCACAUAAAACUGUCAAGACUACUGUACGUAUAAUGAGAAUGGGCAUACGUAAGGGACUUUGGACGAUGAUGAUGAUGAUGAUGAGUGGGAAAGAGCAGUUGCUCUGUGGUGACCUGUUAGGGAAGGCCCAUGGUUCCGUUUGCUGUCGUCGUUCUGUAGUGGUAUUGUAGGUCACAGAUGGAAUAUGUCCAGUGAUCCAGAGUUAUUGUAAAUACUGUCUGCUCUAUGACCUCUGUAAAUACCAUUUUCAUAAUUUAUUCAUAUUGUUUUAAGUUGAGUUUAUCUGGCCCAGUUAUUGGUUGAAUUUUCAACACCAUCCUCCCAGUGAACCAUUACAUUUUACGUAACAUGAAACAAUUUUAUGUUUUUUGAGAUACUGCACUCUGCCAGUUACUUUUGGACUAUAAUUCAGUUAAAAUGUAUAUAUUAAGCCAUGUAAAAGAUCAAAUUAAAAUGAAUAUGCCCAUUAAUUCAGUAGAACCGGCAGUGAUAGCUGGAGUGUAGAGUUGUGCCACCCAGUGCUGUGACUGGGUUUUUUUUUUAACACACACCUUUUCCACAUGAACUCUCAUCUCUUACACUGGUCACUCUUUAACCCUACUGUGACAGGCUGGGAUUGAACUGAACAGGGUGCUUCACCACAACUUGUCUGAAUCGUCCUCUAAUGGUUCAUGUGAAAAUACACAUCCUUAAAUAUGGGCUCUCUGAGGAUAUGCUAUAUAAUAUAAUAAUUGCCAUACUUUUUUUCUGCCACACACAAUCAGCCAGUU